UGGGAGUUCUAGGCAAGAAAGCCCCAAGAUCUCGUGGGAGUGGUAGUCUCGGAGUCACUUCCGUGCCAGGCUUCCGAGUGGCGGGCAGUGUGGGCGUCCCAGCACAGAGUUCUGCCCGGGAGAAGCCGACCCCUCCCGCAAUGCCCGCCCCGCCGUGCGCCUCCUGCCACGCUGCACGCGCCGCCCUCCGCCGUCCGCGCUCGGGCCAAGCGCUGUGCGGUGCCUGCUUCUGCGCCGCCUUCGAGGCCGAGGUGCUGCACACGGUGCUCGCCGGCCGCCUGCUGCCGCCCGGCGCGGUGGUGGCCGUGGGCGCCUCGGGCGGCAAGGACUCCACGGUGCUGGCGCACGUGCUGCGCGCGCUGGCGCCGCGCCUGGGCAUCUCACUGCAGCUCGUGGCCGUCGAUGAGGGCAUCGGUGGCUACCGAGACGCGGCGCUGGCGGCCGUGCGGCGCCAGGCGGCGCGCUGGGAGUUGCCGCUCACUGUCGUGGCCUACGAAGACCUCUUCGGGGGCUGGACGAUGGACGCCGUGGCCCGCAGCACAGCCGGCUCCGGCCGCAGCCGCUCCUGCUGCACCUUCUGUGGAGUGCUGCGGCGCCGGGCGCUGGAGGAAGGGGCGCGCCGCGUGGGAGCCACGCACAUCGUGACAGGUCACAACGCCGACGACAUGGCGGAGACCGUGCUCAUGAACUUUCUGCGGGGCGACGCGGGGCGGCUGGCCCGGGGCGGGGGCCUGGGCUCUCCGGGCGAGGGGGGCGCCCUGCCGCGCUGCCGCCCGCUGCAGUUCGCGUCGCAGAAGGAGGUGGUGCUGUACGCGCACUUCCGCCGCCUCGACUACUUCUCCGAGGAGUGCGUCUACGCGCCCCAGGCCUUCCGCGGCCACGCCCGGGACCUGCUCAAGCGCCUGGAGGCUGCGCGGCCGUCGGCGGUGCUGGACCUCGUGCACUCGGCCGAGCGCCUGGCGCUGGCCCCGGCCGCGCGGCCCCCGCGCCCCGGCGCCUGCUCCCGCUGUGGGGCGCUGGCCAGCCGCACGCUCUGCCAGGCCUGCGCGCUCCUGGACGGCCUGAACCGCGGCCGGCCCCGCCUGGCCAUCGGCAAGGGCCGCCGGGGUCUGGACGAGGAGGCGACGCCGGGGACGCCCGGGGAUCCGGUCCGGCCCCCUGCCUCCAAGGCCGUCCCCACCUUCUAGCGACUUCGGGCCUCCCGCCGGGAUCUGAUGCCCCGGGUGGGGUAAGCGGAGUGACAUGACUUGAUGGACACACGCCAUUCACAGCCGCCGUCACAAUGCCUCCCUUCCAGCGCUUCGUGUGCAGCGUGCACUGCACCCUCAUUUCGUCUCCACCACGGCCUCACUGGCUGUAGCCUGAAGUGGUAAAAUGGCCCUAAGACACCCAGUCGGAAGGGGUCACACCGAGGGCUCCCUCCAAAGCUCUCGAAUAUCGCAGGUUGUGGAAUUGGCCCUCCCCCACCCAUCCCCUCUCGAAUCUCUCCUGGUAUCUCUGUGAUGGGUGAGGAGGGGUUGGAUGGGCUCCCCAAACCUUGGACUCUGGAGGCAGGGUUGUGUGAGCCUGUCGGUGACUUAGCCUCUUUCAUCUCCCAUUUCUCCUCUGCAAAUGUAAUCAGCCCCCUUCCCCCCCGCCCCCCCCCCCCCCCCCCGCAUCAAGGCGCCAUUGGGAGGAAAUGGAAGAUCAAAGAAGUUGAGGUGCUUAAUAAAUGGUGACCACUUGGACUUGGUCGUUCAUGUUACUGUCUGACCACCAGGGGGCGCUAGGUUUCAGGGUUGCUGUCCUGUACAGGUACGGGGAGGUUGUGAGAAUCUCAAACUUCCCGGGGAGAUGGUGCUCUCAGUCCCACCUCCAGGACUUGCUGGGCUGGCUUCUUGUCAGAAAUGCCCCUUCUUCCCAUCACCCUGCUCAGAUCCUCCAGGGUCCUCCUAGAAGGCUUCUCAAUUCUCUCCUCCCACCACCCAACCCAGGGCUUAGUAUUCUCGCAAACCCCUGCUUCUCAGUCCUGUCCUCACUGUGUGGCCACCCAAACUUGGGCUGGAGGGCAAGGACUAGAUGAUUCACUCAAAACAUGUGUAUGAGCACCUCCUUUGCAUCAGGCACUCCUCUGGGUUCUAGGAACAUGGCAGUGAACAGGAGACAAAUCCCUGCCCUCAUGAAGUUCAGUCUGGGAGAAAUGGACAGUAAGCACAUCAAUAUGUAAUGUCAGGUAGUGAUGAAUGCUACAAAUUAAAAAAAAAAAAAUGAUGAGAGAGAGAGACAGGAAGAGCUUGUUUCCACAGGGGUCAGGGAAGGAAGGGCCUUGGAGGAAGUGACGUUAUGCACAGACCUACAGAAGCAAAAGAACAAAGCAUGGAGCCAUUUGGGGGAAGAGCUUUCCUGGUGGAGGGAACUGCCGGUGCAAAAGCCUGGAGGGGUGGGAAUCAGCUUGCAAGUGCAAGGAACAGCAAGUCCAGUGUGGCGGGAACAGAGUGGGUGAGGAGGAGAAUAGCAAGAGAUGAAACAAGCCACUAAGCAGGGAUGGGCCGUGCAUGGUCUUCUGUUGGCGAGAAAGACUUGUAUUUUAAGAGUGAUGGUAGGUCUUUGGAGGGCUUUGGUCCCAGCAGUAGGUCCAAUUUCCAUUUUCUAAAAGUUAGUCCAGCUGCUGUGAGGAGAAUGAGCUGUAGGGGGUGCAAGAUGAUCAAGAUCAAUUGUAUAGGAUGACGCUUGUGUGCCAGUCCUGGUGCCAAGUUUGCCUGCCUUCCUCAUUAGCUCAGUGACAUAAGGAAUGGGUUUUCAGCACCAAUUUUUUUUAACUGGUAUGUAGAAGGAUCUAAAAGUUUAUUUUUUAUUUUUUAAUAUUUUAUUUUUCCAUAAGUUGUUGGGGUACAGGUGGUAUUUGGUUACAUGAGUAAGUUCUUUAGUGGUGAUUUGUGAGAUCCUGGUGCACCCACCACCCAAGCAGUAUACACUGCACUGUAUUUGUUGUCUUUUAUCCCUCGUCCCCCUCCCACUCUUCCCCCCAAGUCCCCAAAGUCCAUUGUAUCAUUCUUAUGCCUUUGCGCCCUCAUAGCUUAGCUCCCACAUAUCAGCGAGAACAUAGGAUGUUCGGUUUUCCAUUCCUGAGUUAUUUCACUUAGAAUAAUAGUCUCCAAUCUCAUCCAGGUCAUUGCAAAUGCUGUUAAUUCAUUCCUUUUUAUGGUCGAGUAGUAUUCCAUCAUAUAUGUAUACACCACAGUUUCUUUAUCCACUCGUUGAUUGAUGGGCAUUUGGGUUGGUUCCUUCAGCACCAAUUUUAUAAAGGAUGAACUUACAGCCCAGACAGGUGAAGUAAGUUGCCCAGGGCCACACUGCAGCAAAUCAGCAAAGGAGCUGGAGCUCUGGACACUUUUGCUGGGCUGCCUGCUGGAAGCCAGGGGACCUAGGUUCCUAUUGCUGAUAUGCCAGUGAUUUAACGUAUGGCUUUGGGCAAGGGACCUUUCCCCUUCUGUUCAUUGGAGUUUGUCCCUCUGCAUGAGGGGGUGGGCAGUGGGUUAGAUUUCUUUUGUGGUUUAAGGCAUUCUCCAAUCGAAAAUGCAAACCGUAUGUAUAAUUUAAAAUAUUUUCAUAACCGUAUUUUUAGAGAAGGGACACAAGUGACAAUUUAAUAAAUUUAUUUGACCCACUUAUACAAAAUAUUAUAAUUUUAAUAUGUAAUCAGUUUGUUAAAACUUAAGCGAGACGUUUUAUACGUGUUUUUUCAUAUGGAGUUUUCAAAAUUCAGUGCAUACGUUACACUUCCAGCCCAUCUCAAUCCAGACUCCCGACAGUUCAGCCACCACAUGGGACCUGUGGGCACUCCACUGGACUGUGCAGCUUUGCAAUGUGCUUCCUAGACCCAGACUGCCUGAGUUCAGAACCAAGCUCUGCCCGGAAAGCUGUGUGACUUUGAGCAGGUUCUUCAGCUGUACAGUGUGGGGAGGAAUGGUACUUCCGUCCUGUGGUUAUUGUUAAAAAUACAUAUCAGUGCUUAGAAGAGCACCUGGCAUUUAGUGAGUGCUCGCCGUCCCUCUUAGCCUGGGCUUGCAGCCUUCCUCAUGGGGGCUUCUGAAGAGCUGGGGGUGCUAGGCGUGGUGGCUUACGCCUGAAAUCCCAGCACUUUGGGAGGCCGAGGCAGGCAGAUCACUUGAGGUCAGGAGUUUGAAAUGGAAACCUGCCUCUACGAAAAAUACAAAAAUUAGCCAGGCGGGGUGGCAGGUGCCAGUAAUCUCAGCUACCCAGGAGGCUGAGACUUGAACCCUGGAGGCGGAGGUUGCAGUGAGCCGAGAUCUCGAGAUCUGGCCACUGCACUCCGGCCUGGGCGACAGAGCCAGGCUCCGUUUCAAAAAAAAAAAAAAAAAAAAAAAAAAAGGCGGGAGGAAGGUGCUCUUUUCGUCUCUGGCCACAAGGGAUCGCUGUGACCUCGCCUGUGCAUCUGGUGGUCAUUGACAGCAAAGCCAGGUCUCCCACUCCCCUGCCCGGACUGGGAGCGCAGCUGUCUCCGCCCACCUGCCCGCUGGUCUCUGAGCCAGUCCUCAAGGGUGAGAGACACAGGUUGGCAGAGAUCUUAAGUCCCCGUAUAAACACCAGACACUCCUUGACCUCAAGACCCCUGUGUCAUCCAUUCAACAAAUACUUUUUGAGCACGUGAUUUGUGACAGCAGUGAACAGAACAAAACCAUGCCCUUGAGAGAGAGACAAAAAAAAAAAAAAAAAAAAAAAAACGAGAAAAAUAAGUCAAAUAUAUGGUAUGUUGGAUCGUGAUAAUCACUUCUAUUUAAGUAGGAGGGACGGGGAGGCUUCAAAGAGGAGAUAUUCAGGGACAGGUGCAGGGUGAGGCAGAGAGCACCGGGGUGGAGGGUCUCUGGGAAAGUGUUCCUGGCAGGAAACAGCAAGUGGAAACUCUGAGAUCGAGGGAAAAAGGAGAGGGGGCAGGUGGAGGAGAGAGGUGAGAGGGAGAAGCGACUUUGGCUUGGCUUUGGUUCCAAGCACUGCAGAAGCCAUGGAGGAUAUUUGAGCAAAGGAGGGAUACUGAUCACCCCUUUAUUCAUGCAGCAGACAUUUCCUGACACCUCCUUGGAGCUGGCGAGCCCUGUGCAGGGCGGUGGGGCAAUGCGGCUGAGUCAGCCCCAGUCCCUGCCCUCAAUGGGCUCCCUGUCUGGCAGCAGAGGCGGGCAGGGAUACUGGCAAGUCAAGACCCGGAGGGAUAUGUGCCACCGUGGGGCUUAGGAGGGACACAGGGGAGGCUCGAGGUGGGGCUUCUAACUCAGUGUGGUGCGUCAUGGAAUGCUUCCUGAAAGAGGUAAUGUUUAAACCGGGAGCUGGAGAUGAGUAAGAAUGAGCACAGGAAAGGGCGAGAUGGGGACAAAUGUGCAAGGCAGAGAGAACGGCAGGCACAGAGGCCUGCAGGUGUGGGAGCCCCGAGUCCCUGUGAGGCUUUGCCGCUCCUCCCUGUGCGGGAUGGUGGAGGGGGUGGCCAGCCCUCCAUAAAGCACUGGAAUUCUUCUGGCCGGGAUGGGGCGCUAGGGAGGGCUAGAGCAGACAGGGCCAGCUCUGGGUGUCAAAAAGAUCCCUCUGGGGCCGUGCCCAGGAAGGACUGGAGUAGGGAAGACUCUGAGCCAGGAGGCCAGGGAGAGGGCUGGGACAAAGGUCUGGGAAUGGAUUUGGUAGCCAAAACUGGGGCAGUGGCAAGGGUGUCAGGAUGGUGAGAACGGAUGUGAGGGCCAUUUAAGAAGUCUUCACCAAGAGCUGGGAACCCUACUCAAUGCUGAGGGUGUGUUUCCUAAGGGUGAAGAGCCCUACGUGUAAUCAAAGGCAGUGUAAAUCCAAGAGAUGUUUCUUCCAAGCAGACUGAACAAAAACAAACAAAAAGGAUGUUCGCCACAUAUGCCGGUGGCCAUGGUAAACCCGGGAAAUUCUUUUGCUGGAGGGCAGGGGCAGGUAGCUGCUGAGGCUGGAGGCCCAAGUGAACACAGACGAUCCUUUAGCUAAACAGGAGGCUCCAGUCUUCAUGGGGACAAAGGGACUUUUGCUGUGGCCUGUGGCCUCAGCAAACACAGCCUCUACAUAAACACAACUAAAGGUGGCAGUGGAGCGAAACAGCCAGCGUCUCAUCCCAUCGGGUCAGAAGCAUUCUUCCCCCUGCAGGGAUUUGGAGCCCAGUCUCAGAAAGACCGGCUUCCCCAUCUUCCACCUGUGUGCUCUCCCGAGGCUGGGUCAUUGGAGAUCGCUGUCAGGUCUGAGGAGGUGGAGACAUUGAGUGCAGAGAUUCUGGAGAAAAGCAGAGAUUCUAAACAGGCUCUGAGAUAAUCUUCCUCCUUCAGCCUGUUUUCAUAGAGCCCCUGCCACAUGCCGGGUAGCAGACGUGGCACCAGGGAUUCAGCAACAAGAUAGACGAGGUCCCUGCCCUCGUGAAGCCUCAGUUCUAAUAAGAGAUGUCUCUUCCUUCCACAAAGGUUUACUGAACACCUCCUAUAUGCCAGGGCGUAGAAGCAGAUAAAGAUGGUGAAAAUCCCUGCGCUUUCAGGGCUGGCAUUCAAGUUGUGGGAGACAGAGUAGACGUAAGAGUAAGAAAGUAAAUAAAUAAAACAUGAGAGACAUCCAACAGUAAUAAACACCAUAGAGAGGAAGAAAACCAGCAAUAAUAAUAAACAAGGACGCAAACCAAUAGAGCAAUUACAGAUUGAAAUAAGGUGUAGGAAGGAAACCCACAAGAAACUGAGAUAGAAACUGGAAGGGAAUGCCAGCUCUAGAGAAGGUGGUCAGGAGAUGACCUUUAAGCUGAAAUCUGAAGGAAGAUCGCAGGCAGGGUGGUGGGAAGCGUGUCCCGGGCAGAGGGAACAGCAAAGGCCAAGCCUCUAAGUUGGGAAGGCGCCUCCCAUGUUGAGAAGAUGGAAGAAGUUCCAGAGGGCAGAGGCACAGUACACAAUGGAGUGAUGAGGUUGGAAGGAUGGACAGAAGCCAGACACCAAGUGCCUUGGAGGCAUUUGCGUUUUGUUAUAAUUGCAGUGGGGACUCACAGAUGGGUUUUA